AUGGAGGCAGUUAGCUCUUCUAAUGGGUAUCCAUCCAUGCAAUGGGAUUCUGCUUUAGAUAUUCCUUUGAAGGCAUCUGAAGAAGUUGUUAGUAUUGACUUAGAGACAGACUUACCAGAAGAUCCAGCAGAUUUAAGAACUUUAUUGGUUGAAGAAAGUUCUGACAAAGAACACUGGCUUACUAUUGCUGUUGCCUAUUGUAAUCAAGGAAAAAUUGAUGAAGGUAUCAAAUUGAUUGAGAUGGCAUUGGAAACUUUUCAAAACGUUGAGAAGGCACCACUGCAUACAUUUUUAACUUGGGCUCAUUUGAAGAAGGCUAAAGAAACCUCUGUCAAUAAGGAAGAGAAAAAUCAGGAAUUGAAUCAAGCGGAGAUGCACUUGAAGGAUGCUAUCGGUUUUGAUCCUACAUGGGUUGGUAAUAUGUUAGCUACUAUUGAUUUGUAUUAUGAAAGAAACCAAUAUGAUAAAGCUUUGGAAACCACGGAUAUUUUCAUGAAAGGUAUUGCUACAGAAGAUCAUAGACAUGGUAGAACUACAAAACCUAAUUGUUUCUUUAUUUUGAUUAGAGCUAAGCUAUUGUACCAAAAAAAUAAUUAUCUAGCAAGUUUAAGAUUAUUCCAAGAAUUAUUGGUUUUGAAUCCUGUCUUGCAACCAGAUCCUCGUAUUGGUAUUGGUUUGUGUUUUUGGCAAUUGAAAGAUUAUAAAAUGGCCAUCAAAUCUUGGAAAAGAGCUCUAGAAUUGAAUCCUAAGGACAAAAGUGCAGAAAUUUUGGUCUUACUUGGUGAUUUCCACAAGUCGUUAACUGAAUCUUCAAACGAUAAUCAAUUUUCUGAUUACUACACUGAAGCAUUGAAAAAUCUAAACAAUUUAUAUUCUAAUAAUAAAGAAAACCCGGUUUUGUUAACUCUGCUUCAAAGUUACUUCUAUUUUAAAGGUGACUACAAGGCCGUUUUAGACAUCCAUGAAAAUAAAAUAUCAAAAGUUGCUAGUAUAACGACAAACUCUGUGUUAUCUGAUAGUGCAUUUUGGUGUGCUAGAGCACACUACUCUUUACAUGAUUAUCGUAAGGCAUUUACUAUGUUUCAAGAAAGUUUAAGAAAAAAUGAGGAUAAUCUUUUGGCUAAAUUUGGUCUAGGUCAAACUCAAUUCAAAACAAAUCUACUUGAAGAAAGUAUUUUGACAUUCGAAAAUCUAUAUAAGUCUUUCGAAGGUAUACAGGAAUUGAAUUAUAUUUUGGGUUUAUUAUAUUCUGGUAAGGUUUUAAAUUUAUCGAAUAUUUUACCACAUUCUGAGAGUCAAAAACUGAUUGCAAAAUCAAUCCAAUAUUUGGAAAAAUAUGUCAAAUUAACCACUACCAAAAAGAAUCAAUUAGUAAUCCCAAAAGCUUAUCUAAUUCUUUCAGAGUUAUAUGAAAUCCAGAAUAACUAUAAGCAAUCGCUGGAAUACUUGACAAAGGCCAUGGAAGAUGCUAAAGCAAUUAACAAGGAUGAAAUACCAUUUGAAAUUUUAAACAACAUAGGUUGCUUCUAUUUUAUAACUGGUGAUAGUAAUAAAGCUAUAGAAUAUUUUGAAUUUGCAAAAGAAAGAUUAAAGGUUUAUGAUAUUGACACUAAGCCUUCGGAAGUAACACUUUCGUAUAAUAUUGCAAGAACCACAGAAACUACAGAUAUUUCAAAGGCUAAUUCUAUGUAUGAGGAUAUUUUAGGUCGUCAUCCUGAUUACAUCCAUCUAAAAGUAAGAUCUUUAAUUGCUAAGUUUAUGAUUAACGGUGGUAAAGAUGGUGUUUCUAUAGAGGGUGAAGUGGAGAAUUUAAUGAAAGAUAAUUCUUCAGAUUUGGAAGUUCGUUCUUUUUACAGUUGGUUUUUGAAAAAUGACAUGAAGGACACUGCAAACUUUGACGAAAAGAAGUAUGUGAAGAAUCAAGAAAUUGAAACUAAUAAUAAUAAGGAAACCUUGGUUAAAUUUAAUUCACAUGAUGUAUUUGCUUUAAACUCAAUGGGUAACUUCUAUAAUUAUCUUGCCAAGGAAAAUAAGAGAAAUCCAGAAAAGGCUAAACAAUAUUACUUGAAAAGUAUUCAAUUGUUCCAAAAGGCCUUACAAGUGGAUCCAUUGAAUGUAUUUGCAGCUCAAGGUUUGGCAAUAAUAUUUGCUGAGUGUAAGAGAUUAGGUCCUUCUUUGGAGAUUUUAAGGAAAAUUAGAGACUCCUUGGAUACUGAAGAUGUUCAUCUAAAUUUGGCAAAUUGUUUAUUGGAAAUGCAUGAAUAUGCGAAAGCUAUUGAAGAAUAUGAAUUCAUUCUAAAAAGAUUUUUGGAUUCAAAAAAUAGUGCAAAAAUUUACAACUUAUUGGGUAGAACCUGGUAUGCUAGAGGUAAUAAAGAAAAAUCUCACGACUGUUACAAAAAAUCAUUGAAAAAUGCUGAAACAGCAUUAAAAAUGGAAACAGAAAAAGAGAAUGGUACUGCUAGAGGCUCGAAAAUUAUGAGUUUUAAAUAUAAUGUUGCUUUAUUACAUUUUCAAAUUGCAGAAACAUUGAGAAGAGCUGAUGUUAGGGACCGUACAGUAGAAGAUGUGACCAAUGCAUUAGAAGGUUUACAAGUAGCUUUAAUUAUGUUGAAGGAUAUCAAAGAUCAGGAAUUCAAAUUAAUUGCUAAAGAUGAGCUUGAACAACGUAUUCAAUUAGGUGAGACCACCAUGAAGAGUGCCUUAGAACGUUGUAAAAUUGAACAAGAGCAAUAUGAACAAGAACAAUCCAAUAAAUUGGAUGAAGCACGUAAGAUCUUGGAAGAAAAUGAGCAAAAAAAAUUGGAAAGAAUUGAGAAGGAAAAGGAAAUUGAACGUGCUAGAUUGGAAAAGAAGAGAGAAGAGUUCUUGAAACUUCAAGAAGAGGCACAAAAGAUAAUAGAGGAACGUGAAUCAGCUAUUGUCAAUGAGCCAAGUAGUGAUGAAGACAGGGAUCAAGAAGAUUAUGAAAAUGUCGAAGAGAAGUCUGCUAAAAAGGCUAAAAGAAAGAGAUCAAGUACAUCAGAAGGAAAGACCAAGAAGAGAAAAGCCAACAAGCCCAAGGAAGGAGAAGAUGAUGAAGACGAAGUCAUUUCAAAAACCAAUGGUAGAAGAGGUAAGAAAUCAGUAUUAUCAGAAGAAUUCAUUGCUACAAGUGAUGAAGAAGAUGAUGUUGUUUCAGACCAAGGAAAUGAAGAAGAAGAAAAAGAAGCGCAUAAUACUGGUUCCUCGGAUAAUGAUGAUGAUUUGUUCUAA